AUGACUGAGCGAGGCACCCGAACCAAUUCCAUAUUCCUUUUGAUCGACCUGGCUAUGGAAUCUCGCUGCAUAGCCAACGACUUCCCCACCCCGCUGUCAUUGGCCGAUACCGAGCCAUACCUUCAACGGGCUCUGGAGGACAUUGUGACCAUUUACGGCCCUCGGGAAAGCUACGGCCCAGAUGAGCUGCAGGGACUUCUAUCCGGGCCCACGGGGCUUGCGUAUCUGUUUCUUCAUGUGUCUGCCUCACAGCCAAAACGACAGAUUGCUGGCCAGCCCGCGAUAAGAUGGGCACGGCAGUACCUUCGCGGCUCGAGAGGCACCACGGUUCUCAGACCAGGCUGCUGCGGCGUGGCCAGCGAGAAGUUGGCAUAUUUGGCCGUGUGCGCCGCCGUGACCAAAGAGCUGCCAUAUGUACAGGAGUUUCUCAAUGCCGUUAACCCUAUCUUCACUGGCAAUUUCCCCGACGAGCACCUCUAUGGUCGCGCAGGCACUCUAUAUCUGCUCCGUCUAAUACGGCAUUGGGUACCCAACAGUUCGCCACUGGUCGAACGAUACAUCGUUCUGGUGUCUGAUCUUCUGAUCAAGAAUGGACCGGACUGGCGCUGGCAUGGCGCGCGGUAUCUUGGUGCCGUACACGGCGAUGUUGGUAUCAUUACGCAGCUUGUUCUCACCUCUCCGCCUCUGUCCUCCCAGCUUGAGGAUCAUCUAUCAAGCCUAUUGUCCAUGCAGGACGCUGAUGGAAACUGGCCUACCAAAGCCGAAAAGGAGUCAUCAAGUCGCCUGGUCCAGUUUUGUCACGGGGCCCCGGGUAUCUUACACUGCCUGCUAUCUAUCUACCCGUAUUUUCCCAAGCAGGAAGAUGCUCUAGAUGCAGCAAUAGAGAAGGCCCGAGACUGUGUUUGGAAGUUUGGUCUGCUGAGGAAGGAGCCGAGCCUUUGCCAUGGGCUCUUCGGCAAUGCUCUGUCAUUACCUCUAGGGAAGAGACGGGACCAUUUCCUAGCAUUUGCAGUGCCUGAAAAGGUGCGGGAGUUGAAAGAAAGCGACCCCGAGAUCUUUCAGCCAGCGGAUUACGGCAAUGAAUGGUCACCACUCAUGAACUACCUCCCCAGCGCUGCGUGGACAUGGCUGGUCUGCACUAGGAAAACGCCCAAGGUAUUUGCUUUUAAUGACAUUGACUACAACCGCCGAAGAAAGCAAAAUCAGGCGGUGACCCCCUGCGUGGGGUGGAAUUGGCGACGUCGCGAGUUCUCGAAAUUCCACCGCUAUGCUUUCGACAACGGGCCCUUGAGAGCUGUCGCACCACACAUUGCCGUAAUUUCGCCCAUCAUGAACUACGGCAAGAAGGACGAGGACGCCGAUACGGGGCUCGUCAGAGUCGACCGGACCCAGGUCUUCCAAGAAGCUCGCCUCUUCAACAGCUCCCCGAUCCAGCCUCGACAAUGCCGCAUCCUCCUUACCAAGAUUGCUCUCCUCCUCUACACGGGAGAGAAAUUCCCUACCAAUGAAGCUACGACCCUUUUCUUCGGCAUCUCGAAGCUCUUCCAGAACAAAGAUGCCAGCUUGCGGCAGAUGGUGCACCUUGUCAUCAAGGAGCUGGCACACUCCGCAGAGGACAUUAUCAUGGUCACUAGCACGAUCAUGAAAGACACAGGCGGUAGCACAGACGCUAUCUUCAGACCCAACGCUAUCCGAGCUCUGUGUCGAAUUAUUGAUGCCACUACUGUUGCAUCGAUCGAGCGCGUCAUGAAGACUGCCAUUGUCGACAAGAACCCGUCCGUUUCCUCCGCUGCCCUUGUUUCGUCGUACCACCUGCUCCCGAUCGCGAAAGAUGUCGUCCGGCGGUGGCAGAGUGAGACGCAGGAAGCUGCCGCCAGUACCAAGUCCUCCGGCGGCUUCUCCCUGGGCUUCUCUUCCUCCUCCAACGCCCUGCCUGUCAACAACUCAACCAUGACCCAGUAUCAUGCCAUCGGCCUCCUAUACCAGAUGAGAAUGCACGACAGGAUGGCUCUUGUCAAGAUGGUCCAGCAAUUUGGAGCGGCUGGUGCUGUCAAGAACCCUGCUGCGAUCGUCAUGCUCGUCAGGCUCGCAGCCCAGCUGGCGGAGGAGGAUCCUCACUUGAGAAAACCCAUGAUGCAGCUUCUUGAUGGCUGGCUGAGGCAUAAGAGUGAGAUGGUCAACUUCGAGGCAGCGAAGGCCAUCUGUGACAUGAGGGAUGUGACCGACGCGGAGGUCUCCCAGGCUGUCCACGUCCUGCAACUCUUCCUGACCUCGCCCCGAGCCGUGACCAAGUUUGCCGCCCUCCGCAUCCUCCACAACUUCGCAUCUUUCAAGCCGCAAGCAGUCAACGUCUGCAAUCCCGACAUCGAGCUUCUCAUCUCCAACAGCAACCGGUCCAUCGCCACGUUUGCAAUCACCACCCUACUCAAGACUGGCAAUGAGGCCAGCGUUGAUCGCUUGAUGAAGCAAAUAACUGGCUUCAUGUCCGAGAUCACCGACGAGUUCAAGAUCACGAUCGUCGAGGCCAUCCGGACCCUCUGCCUCAAGUUCCCCAGCAAGCAAGCUGGCAUGCUUGCUUUCCUCAGUGGUAUCCUUCGUGACGAAGGAGGGUAUGAGUUCAAGCGUGCCGUGGUCGAGAGCAUGUUUGAUCUCAUCAAGUUCGUCCCUGAAUCUAAGGAGGACGCUUUGGCCCACCUUUGCGAGUUUAUCGAGGACUGCGAGUUUACCAAGCUGGCUGUCCGUAUUCUCCACCUGCUGGGUAUGGAGGGACCCAAGACCUCGCAACCCACAAAGUACAUCCGGUACAUCUAUAACCGUGUGGUCCUGGAAAAUGCCAUCGUCCGUGCUGCUGCGGUCACGGCGCUGGCCAAGUUCGGUGUUGGACAGCAGGAUCCGGAGGUCAAGCGAAGUGUGGAGGUGCUUCUGACGCGCUGCCUCGACGAUGUUGAUGACGAAGUCCGUGACCGUGCGGCGCUUAACCUUCGGCUCAUGUCCGAGACCGAUGAUAUGGCACAGCGCUUUGUCAAGAAUGACUCCAUGUUCUCACUGCCGUACUUCGAGCACCAGCUGGUGAUGUACGUUACGUCAGAUGACAAGUCAACCUUCGCGUCAUCUUUCGACAUCUCCAAGAUCCCGGUUGUCACGCGGGAGCAGGCAGAUGCGGAAGACAGGACAAAGAAGCUCACUGCCACGGCUCCCACGCUCAAGGCUCCCAAGGUCGGCCCGACCAAGGCUGCGCCCACUGGCGCCGAAGCUGCCGCAUCAGCUACUGCCCAGGCUCAGAAGUACGCUCAGGAGCUUAUGCAGAUCCCCGAGAUGAAGGAGUUUGGCAGUGUUCUCAAGUCAUCGCCUGUCGUUGAGUUGACGGAGGCCGAGACCGAGUAUGUCGUCUCCGUGAUCAAGCACAUCUUCAAGGAGCAUGUCGUUCUGCAGUACGAGAUCAAGAACACCCUCCCCGCUACCGUACUGGAGAAUGUGUCGGUAGUUGCCUCGCCUAGCGAGGACGAGGAGCUCGAGGAGGUCUUCAUCAUCCAGGCCGAGAGCUUGCCCACGGACGAACCUGGCAAGGUGUAUGUUGCCUUCCAGAAGGUCGGAGGCGAGGGCUCGAUGCCCAUCAGCACCUUCUCCAACGUCCUCAAGUUUACCAGCAAGGAGAUCGACCCUACCACGAACGAGCCCGAGGAGACGGGUUACGAUGAUGAGUACGAGGUGGCCGAGUUUGACCUCGCGGGCAGCGACUACGUCAUCCCUACAUUCGCCAGCAACUUCAAUCACAUUUGGGAGCAGGUCGGCGCGGCGGGCGAGGAGGCGGAGGAGACGCUGCAGCUCAGCGGUGUCAAGAGCAUUGCGGAUGCGACGGAACAGCUCGCCAAGACGCUGUCCCUGCAGCCGCUGGAGGGCACCGACGUGCCGAUGAACCAGACGACACACACGCUCAAGCUCCUGGGCAAGACGGUCAACGGCGGCAAGGUCGUGGCCAACGUGCGGAUGGCCUACUCGUCCAAGUCGGGCGUGACGACCAAGAUCACGGUGAGGAGCGAGGAGGAAGGGGUUGCCGCUCUGGUUGUGGCCUCGGUUGCGUAA